UCGGCCUGUGCAGUCGGUAGUCUGAUACGGGCUUAAAAGGGCCAAAAACGCAAGCCUCCAACCAACAGACAGAAAAUCGGUCGUUUGAAAUUACAUAUGUGCUGUUAUAUAUAAUUUCAUUGAUUAUAAUGUGUAAUUAAUCGAAGUAAUUAUAUGUUAUUCAAUAUAUUUUUUCAUUAUGGCCAAUUCGUCAAUUUCUUCGUCUCUAUAUUCUUUUAAUGAAGCUUCUGUUAAGUAUACAGAGGAACAAGAAUUGGCACUUUACACCACCAUAAGAAUGAAUCUGCAAGCUAUUCAAAAAGCUACUCAUAAUAUUAACCUAAAAUUUAAAAACAUACAAAAAGAAAUGCAUAUCACAGCUGCUUUAUUGAAUGCAAUUGAAACAAAAGCUGCAACAAUUAAUCAAGAUUAAUUAACAUUAUUCGGCAAUUUUAUCCGUGAUAAAUUUGCGAUACAAAAUUUAAAUAAUACAGGAGAUUCAUUAGAUAUCAUGAUAUUAUAGAUAACAAUAAAAGAGUAUAUUUUUAAAAAAUUAUGGAUUUAAAAUCAGAUGGCGUCGAUUAUAUUUGAGAAAAAGCUAACAGAAUACCUCUUAUACACCCAGAGCACACGCAAUGUUCAAUGUGUAAAGACCUGUGUUGUUCCACGUUGACUGUCACGAACAGCAUAUAUAUUUGUGAAGUGCAUUUUGUUAAAAUUUUUAAUCAACAAUGUUUAUGUACUAUCUCUUUGUAUUUCUAGUUGGUCUUUCUUGGUUGGGUUCAAGGACUUUUUCAUUCAUGUUGGCAGUCAAUGGAUGUCAAUUGAUUCUUAAUUACUUAACAGGCAACCUGCACUUGUCCAAACGAAACAUGCUACUCUCUCACACGUAUAUGUAUUGAGCAAUUGAUCAUGACGUAUAUGUAUUGAGCGUAUUGAUAUCGUGACGAGUCUUAUCUUUGCAGGAUGACUAUGGCGCAAGGAACCAUUUCAGUGACAUCAUGGGGUAUAGUAGAUGAUCAAGAAGUGAAGAAAUUCACAUUGAGAAACAAAGUUGGUCAAGAGGUGGACAUUGUGACGUAUGGCGCGACCAUAACUGCUAUCAAAACACCGGACAAACAUGGUAACAUAGAGGACGUAAUGCUUGGUUUCGACAAUAUUGAAGGAUAUCAAUCGUCAAAUAAUCCGUACUUCGGUGCCACCAUCGGUCGAGUCGCAAAUCGUAUCGGGAAGGCGACUUUCGUUGUAGACGGUCAGCGCUAUCAUGUGUCGAAAAACAUAGGUGAGGACAGUCUUCAUGGCGGUACUCACGGUUGGAGUAUGAAAGUAUGGAACGCCACAGUAGAGGAGGAUCGCGUGGUGAUGACCCUAAUCAGUCCAGACGGUGACGAGGGCUACCCGGGGACGGUAACAGCUAUGGCUACCUUCCAAUUGAACGACGAUGGAGAAUUGUGUAUAAAGAUGAGAGCUACCUCCCCGAAGGCGACACCGAUCAACUUGACAAAUCACGGCUACUUUAAUCUUGCUGGACACACUACGAAUGCGGCGGAGUUGUAUAAACACGUGUUUACAUUCAAUGCGGAUCGCUGGACCGUCACAGAUUCGGGCAGUAUUCCUACCGGCGAAAUACGAUCAGUCGAGAACAGCGUGAUGGAUCUCAGGAACGCUACCACGCUUGGCGAUGUUAUCGACAAAGUUCCAGGUGGUGGUUACGACUACAAUUUUUGCCUGCCGAUACCACACGACAAUAGGAAGAUCAGUUUCGUUGCUAAAGUGGUGCAUCCAGGCACAGGAAGGCGUUUAGAUGUGUACUCGAAUCAACCCGGUGUACAAUUUUAUACAUCCAAUUCCCUACCCGAGAGAAACAAUACGGCUGUUAUAGGCAAAAACGGAGCGCAGUACUUUAAGCAUGCCGCUUUCUGUUUGGAAACGCAAAAUUAUCCCGAUGCUAUAAACAAUAGGAAUUUUCCUAACAGCGUACUGCGACCAGGGGAUAUAUAUGAGCACAUUGUUAUAUAUAAGUUUGGAGUGGAUAAUUAACAUAUGGAUUCUUCACUUAAUUAAUACUACAAAUUAUAAACUGGAAAAUCAAAUAAAUAUUAACUAAUAAAGGAUAUUCUUAAUUA